AUGGCCGCGCCGCCAUCCACGUCCACGCCUACUGCGGCUGGCGCGACAGCCUCGUCCUCGGCAUCAACCUCCGCGUCCGCUGCCAACGAUCACGAUGGCACUCCUCGCUCCGCCACUGCCAAGGCUCUCCCCGUACGAGACAAGGACUCCUUCAACAAGUUGCAGGUAGAGCGCUACGUGACGCGCGACUGGCACUACUCUGUCGCGAUGAAGGACGCUCAGGAACGGUUCGAGAAGGACAUGCAACAGACGAGAGACAAGAUUGAUGACUACAACCUCAUCAAAACCCAACGCCUAUAUUUUCCUCCGAGCAAACUGUACGGCGAAGGAUAUCGUGGCUACGGCAACGGCUAUACCGACAUCGAUCCCCGCAUGCGAGCGCCCUUUCCUGCCCAAGUCAUCUAUCCGAGCCAGAAGCCGCGGCCGGGGAAGCGCCAGUCGCAUCCGCUCAGGUGGAAAAAGAGAGAGUUGAAGAAGCAGGCGGAGCAACAUGAGGAGCUCGUGCCGAUACGCAUAGACGUUGACUGGGAAAAGAUAAAGCUUCGCGACACCUUCACAUGGAACCUCCACGACAGGGUUAUUCCAGGCGAGCUCUUUGCGCAGCACCUUGUUGAGGAUCUGGGCAUCCCUCUAGACGCACAGCACAAACCCGUCUUGGAUCAGGUCACGUUACAAAUGCGCGACCAGCUCAACGACUUCUACCCCCUAGUCUUCUCCGAAGAAGACGCGCUCGACCCGGAGCUGCCAUAUUCUGCUUAUAAGAAUGACGAGAUGAGGAUAUUGAUCAAGCUCAACGUUACCAUUGGCGGCGUGACCUUGGUCGACCAGUUUGAGUGGGAUAUCAAUAAUCCACUCAACUCCCCAGAGGAAUUUGCCGCCUCAAUGACUCGCGACAUGUCACUGUCCGGCGAGUUCACCACCGCAAUUGCUCACUGCAUUCGGGAGCAGUGCCAACUCUUCACUCGGAGUCUGUACAGCGUUGGACAUCCCUUCGACGGCAGACCGGUCGAAGACCCCGAUCUCAUUGCCGCCUUCCUGCCGUCUCCGCUGCCAUCCGUAUUCAGACCGCAGCAGCAGGCGAAGGAGUAUGCGCCGUAUCUUUACGAGCUCAGUGAUGCCGACUUGGAACGCAAUGAGGUCAUCUUCUCUCGGGAACAGAGACGGCAGAAGCGAUCUAUUAACCGACGUGGUGGCCCUCAACUGCCGGACCUCAAGGAACGGCAGCGGACAAUCAGGACGCUCCUCGUCUCGUCCGUGCUUCCAGGUGCUGCGCCUAAUAUGGAAGAGAGCACGUUGUACAAGCGUGUGGCCGGCGCGCCACCCACCACCCGGAAGAGGCCAGGAGCACGCGAUGGCGAGGUUUCCGAUUCCGACGAUAGUGAAGACUCAGGACCGGACUCGCCAGGCGUGUCUCAGCUUGGCGGCACGGCCAGGACGAGAGGUCUUCGGGGCGCCGCGAGUGCUGCUCAGCAACGCAUCACGAAUCUCGGCCGCUCCGAAACGCCUGAAGCGAGCAUCGUCCAUCAUCACGAGACUCGCAGAAACCUUGGCCGCUCCCUUCCCCAUACUCGCGAUGAGACUGAAGAGCCUACACAACUUAUUGUCACACUGAAGGUUGGCAAGGACAAGCUGAGGAGACUUCUCCAGAACCCAAGAGCGAGGUUCACUCCGAGUGGCUCUCAGACACCGUCAACACCCGCACACACUCGCAUACCUAGCGCGGCCGCGGCUGCAGCAACCUCCAUGCCUCCGCCGUCUACGCCGGCCUCGAAUGGCCAGGCUCUUCCUGCUCAACUUGGCACUCCUCUGCCUCAAGGCCAGAUUGGUCGACAACCUGCUCCGCCGCCUGUUGCCGGUCAACCGCCACCACCUGCUCAAACGUACACCUUUGAUAACUUUGAGGGCAUGAUGAAGUACUCAGCCAUCAAUCCUGACACAGAGAUGCCGAUAUCAGUACCAGCAGGGUCACAGCCUCCCGAAGGCGCCAGAUGGAUGUUCCUCCCCCGUAUCCGUUGUCUUGACUGCCCAGGCAAGCUGUACACACCUGGGCCGGAAAUGACGGCAGGCAACUUCGAGGUUCACUUGCGCAAUAAGCAACAUCGUCAAAAGGUGGAUGCUAGAGAAGGCAGAGACACGUCAGCUGGAACGACUUAA